AUUUGACAAUGCCGCAAAACAUUCUGCUUUCACAGUUUUUCCUCCCGUAGUCUGCUGCUGGGCUGGGACGAUUUGUUAUUAGUUUUGAUCAGCCUCAUCAUGACUUCCACGAGCCGUAUUGCACUACCAGUCCAAAUGUUACGGAGCGCCCAAACUCAAUACGACAGUAUCCAUCAUUCAGUCAAGCAUCAAAAUAUAGCAUCGCAGCUUACGGCCUUCCUUUCCUCCUCAUUCUCUAAGCGGCUCAAAGUAUCAAUUCGGAUCACCGCUGAUCAAGCCAAAACAUACUAUCUAAACCACGCCGGUCAAUGGUUCCGAGAAGCUGUAAAGUCUCGAGAAACACACCAGUGGAUUGAAAGGACCAUUGACCAAGGGGAAGACAUAUACGUUAUAGUAGCGUAUCACACAUUGACAAAGCGAUGCGGCGGGGCGUUGGGGGUACUAGUGUUGACGGCACUGACGGCAUCUGGUGUCGUUAUUCUGUUCGCCAAUGCGGUAGACCCUGCUCUUGGCGGGUUUUGCGGCCGCAUUGAGGAAGAGCAAGGACAGCUCAUAGCGCCAGGCGAACAGAUAUAUGCAGUGCAGUAUCGCAGGGUUAGUUGGAGGUGGUUUGCGCGAAACAAAGUAGACGAGCCUGAAGACAUGAUUGAGGUGGAACUCGAAGACGAGAUCACGUUGGAUAGAGACCACGAUGAAUGCGCACUAGAAUCUGGAGAGACCUUUGUUUCAAUUGCGUAG